ACGCGCUCGCUCAACGACUCAAGCUCAGGCUGCAAGCACCUCAACUCGCCGGCACACUCAACAGUCGCUGCAGCAUUCAAUCCAUUCGCUGAUAGACGACAAGAGAUUACAAGAUGGGCAAGAGCACCAAGGACUCGCGAGACAUCUUCUACCGGCAGGCCAAGAGCGACGGCUACCGGGCCCGCAGCGCAUACAAGCUGCUGCAGCUGGACGAAGAGUUCGGCUUCCUGACACAUUCGCCGCUCCUUGCGCCCGCCGAGUCGUCCAGCGCGCCACGACGGGUCGUCGACCUCUGCGCUGCGCCCGGUUCCUGGUCGCAGGUGCUCACACGGCGGCUGCCGUCCGGCUCACGCAUCGUCGCCGUCGAUCUGCAGCCGAUGGCGCCGCUGCCCGGCGUGCAGCAGAUCUGCGGCGACAUUACGCUCGAGACGACGGCUGCCGAGGUGGCUGCUGCACUGGCGGGCGACGACGAGGAGCGGCAAAAGGCCGAUCUCAUCGUGUGUGACGGCGCGCCAGACGUGACGGGCCUGCAUGCGCUCGACGCCUAUCUGCAGUCACAGCUGCUGCAGGCCGCCAUGACGCUCGUCUUCCGUCUGCUGGCGCCACGCGGCGUCUUCGUCGCCAAGAUCUUCGUCAAUCCCACCGUCGACUCGCACAGCAAGACGGGCACAGGACCAGGCGGCGCAGACGCACUGCUCCUCGUGGCACAGCUGCGCACGGCCUUCGACGACGUCGUCAUUGCAAAGCCGCGCAGCAGCCGCAUCUCCAGCGCAGAGCACUUCGUCGUCGCCUCGGGCUUCCGCGGCAGCGCGCAGCUCGAUGCGUUCCAGCAGUGCGGAGACCUCGCCGACUGGAAUGAACAAUGACAUUCGCAUUCCCCUUGCG